AUGUCGAAUUCGAAAGAGGAAACGUACAUCAUAAAACCAUCGACGGAAUUGAUAGCCGACGAAUACGAGCAUUUUGACCGCGGGGGCAACGCCAAAAUUGCCUUGCACACCUUCAUUGAAGAGAAAGAUGAAGAGGGCGACGUGAAUACCGAUAACGAAAAACGGUUCCUCAACAGUUUGGCCAACUGCGGAUUCGAAUUCAAAAACGAAAAUCACCAUUCGUUACACGAAGUCGACUUCGUUAAUUGCAUGAAAAAGAAUGGCAUGGUUAAAAACUACGACACUCCCGCUGAAGCAGAUAUUUUGAUCAUUUAUAAUACUAAAAAUCCCAAAGGUGAAGACGCAUUUAUCACCGAUUUUUGCAAAAACAUCGACGACUUUGGCGACGAAGAGAACAUCGUGUCGCUAGCGACGAUAUCUUCGGCCGAACCUACUCUCCUGAUAUCUACGAUGACGAGAAGCUUCUACUUCACCCGCACUGCCAGCAGCGAUUUGAGAGGACACCACCAAGUGAUCAGGAAACACGCCGAUAAGAUCGAUGAAAAUUUGAGGGAAAUGCAAACCUUCAUAAAUGCCGGAAGCAAGAAGAAGAAAGAGAAGCACUCGUUUCUCGGCAGCUUCAGGAUGAAGAUGAUGAAGAAAACAGAGGAGCAGAAGGAGACGGAAAAGGAGAGGGCGAAGAAAAGGGAAAAAGAAAAGGAGAUGAAGAAAGAGAAUGAGAGGAAAGAGAAAGAGAAUGAGAGGAAAGAGAAAGAAAAGGAGGGUAAGGAGAAAGAUAAGAAGAAACAGGAAGAAGUUGGCCGGAUUGUUCCGGCGAAACGACCGAGCGGGCUGAGUGGACAAUUUCGACAAAGAUCAAGAUCACAAACCGAAUCGGAUAGCGGAAAAACCGCUCAUAGAAGACCGAGCGACAAAAAUGGAUAA